AAUGAAAUGUUAUUUAUUUUGCGCCUCGCGCACUACAGUGCAAGUCAUUGAGGGGCAAAAUAAGCUCAUCGCUGCAGUUGUCAAUGUUAUCCGGGCGAGGGCGAAGCUGUGCGACCCGUGUUGCAACUUGUGAAGAAAGUUUUGGUCGCCCUUGUAGCGCAUAAUGUCAGGGAGAUCCUGUUCUGCAGCUGUCAGUUGAAUUCUCCGGGAUUAUCUGCGUGAAAUCAUGCUGUGCGUCCUGACCAGAACUGCGACAAGGACGAGCCUGGUGAAGCCCUGCCGUCUACUGAGUCCAUUGCCGGUUGUCCAAAUUUCGGAGCGGCCGCUGGUCCAUCAGGAGAGUCUCCCGAAGCUGCCCGUUCCGCCGCUGCAGCAGACAUGCGUGCGCUAUCUGGCCUCGCUCGAGCCGCUGAUCAGUGAGGAGGAGAUGACGCACACGCACAAGCUGAUGGAUGAGUUCCUGCGGCCCGGUGGCGUCGGAGAGAGACUGCAGAAGAGCCUCGAGCGCCGGGCCCGCAAAACCGAAAACUGGCUCACUGACUGGUGGAUGCAGUCGUCCUACCUGGACUCUCGAAUGCCUGUGGCGAUGUACACAAGCCCAGGGGUCGUUUUACCCAAAAUGCACUUACAAGACCGUCAGGGACAAAUGAGGUUUGCUGCUAAACUCAUUGCUGGGGUUUUGGAUUUCAAAAGCAUGAUUGAUAGUGACACAUUGCCUGUGGAAUAUCUGGGUGGCAAGCCUUUGUGCAUGGAUCAGUAUUACCAGGUGCUGUCUUCAUGUCGGAUCCCUGGACCCAAGAGAGACACUGUGGUGAACUACGCUAUUGGAAAGACCCCUCCUACGCAUAUCACAGUGGUCCACAACUUUCAGUUCUUUGUUCUGGACGUGUAUAACAGCGAUGGAUCACCACUGACUGUAGAUCAGCUCUAUGUUCAGCUGGAGAAGAUCUGGAACUCUUCCCUUCAGACCAAUAAAGAGCCGGUUGGCAUCCUGACCUCCAAUCACCGCAACACCUGGGGCAAGGCCUACAACAACCUUAUCAAGGACAAGACAAAUAAGGAGUCAGUGAGGUCAAUCCAGAAGAGCAUCUUCACAGUAUGUCUUGAUGCUCCAAAGCCACGUGUGUCAGAUGAGAUGUACUUUAACAAGGUGGCCGCUCAAAUGCUCCAUGGCGGAGGCAGUCGCUGGAACAGUGGGAACCGCUGGUUUGACAAAACACUGCAGUUCAUAAUUGGGGAGGACGGAUCGUGUGGACUCACCUAUGAACAUGCUCCGGCUGAGGGACCUCCCAUUGUUUUCCUGGUGGACCAUGUUGUUGACUAUAUGAAGAGAUCUGAGAUGGUUCGAACUCCCAUGAUUCCACUUUCUAUGCCACAAAAGCUUCGAUUCAACAUCACACCAGAAAUCAAGAAGGACAUCGAGAAAGCCAAACAGAACAUGAACAUAAUGGUUCAUGACCUGGACGUUCGAGUGCUCAACUUCACACACUAUGGAAGAAAAUUCCCAAAGUCUCAUAAAAUGAGUCCUGACGCAUUCAUCCAAAUGGCUCUUCAGUUGGCAUACUACAGGAUGUAUCAGACAUGCUGUCCGACCUACGAAAGCACCUCCUUACGCAUGUUUAAACUGGGCAGAACUGAAGCCGUUCGAUCCACCACCACAGAAUCGCUCCAGUUCACAAAAGCCAUGGAUGAUCCAUCAAAACACAAUAGUGAGAAAGCAGCACUGCUCGAAAAGGCCAUCAAAGUCCACAGAAAGCACACACACAUGGCCAUCCAUGGGCAGGGUAUAGAGAGGCACAUGCUGGGUCUAAAGAUGAUAGCUAUUGAGGACCUGACGUCUUUACCUGAGAUCUUCAUGGACACGUCGUUCGCUGUGGCUUCACAUUUUAAUCUCUACACAAGUCAGGUUGGAUCAAAGACAGACUGUGUUAUGUGUUUGGGACCCAUGGUUCCUGAUGGUUACGGUAUCUGCUACAACCCCAUGGAUGACCAUAUCAACUUCGCUGUGACCGCCUUCAAUAGCUGCGAGGAAACAAACGCCACAAAACUGUCACAGUUUCUAGAGGACUCGCUUCUGGACAUGAAGACUCUUCUGGAGCAGGUGUCUAAGACCCAGUGAAUGACGAAGCCCUGAAACUCACAGAAGCCCUGAAACCCUUUCAGGAGGCUUUUUACUACUUUCAGUGUCAUUAACCUGACAUUGGCUCAUAUUGGUUUUCCAUAUCUUUAAGGUCACAUGUUUGAUUUUUUUCAUUAUGCAGAGACUAUAAGUAACUAAGAACACCAUUCUUAGGUUGAUUUCCUUGAAAAGUAUAAACAUUGUGACUAUGUGGGGCUUUUAAACAUUAUUUGUUUGUUUGAGCAACCUGACCAGUCUGACACAGCGACGUUGACUCAGAAGUGUGGGUUUGGGGCUGUUUGUCUAAACACUAGAAGUCAGGAAACCGGUUUGAAAACAGUCAUUAUUUUCACAGGGUAUAUAGUGGCAUAGAAAUUACACACUUCACCUUCCAGGGAAGUGACUAUGGACUUAGAGGCUACUACAGACAUAAACAGGGACAGCCAGAAACACAAACUCCUUCUGUUUUAUUUCAGUUUCAACUGUAGAAAUUGUAAGUGUGAGAAAGCUCUUGAUAUUAUCCAGUGCCAUAUGUUAAACCCAGAGUAUACUUCAGUUUUUUACGUAUGCGCUAGGGUACGUGUACAGUUGGUGUGACAUCGAUUUUGGCUUCAGUACAUAUCGAUCAUACUGUACAAGUGCAGUCUUUUUUUUUUUUGACAGAACAAAAAAUCCACAUAUAAACACAUUACAUACAGACACAGACAUUAUCAUUUUAUGUUAUAUUUAUGUUUGUUUUAUUGAUUUACUGUGUUUUUAACUUGUUUGUAUUGUUGCAUUGUGGGACGAGAAACUAGAGGAAAACCAUUUCACUACAUUGCAUCACAUUUAUAUGUACAGUAUGUGACAAAUAAAGAAUCCUAACUAACUC